UUUUUUAGAGAUUUGUUCAACUUAGGAGAAUUGAGGUUCUCAUCAUGUAAGUUCCACAAUCCAACAAUUUAAAUGGCUAAGGAUGUAGGAAAACAACUGCCCACCAGAAAACAAAUAACUAGCUAGCAAACAAGAGUUCUAACAGGAUAACCCAUCUCAAACAAAUAACCAUCUUAAAUGGCUAAUAAAUAAUUACUUUUAUACUGAAUCAUCUUUGUGAUGAAUGAUUUUCCAGGAAGCUGGCCGCAUCCCGAUCCUGGGUGAAAGAGAGCCGAACCCUAGUGGACGACGGCUACGCGUGGAGGAAGUACGGGCAGAAGAAGAUUCUGGAGUCCGACUUCCCCAGGCACUACUACAGGUGCACUCACAAGUUCGACCAAAAGUGUCCAGCCACCAAGCAGAUCCAGAUGCUCCAAGACCGGCCCAGCCCGCUCUACCGGACCACCUACUCGGCCCACCACACCUGCCACAACAAUACCCUCCACGACUCUUCUUCGCACCAACAUUUCCUGAUGGACUCCGCCGUUGAUUCCACCACCAGCUGCCACCUCAUCAGCUUCAACAACAGUACGACUACCACCACCACCCCUUUCCUGGCGUCAUUCUCCGGAUCCUCCUCGGCACCAACUACUUCUCCUCCAUCGGUAGUGAAGCAGCAACAGGAGUCCUCCUUGAGCGACGCGGCGAGCUCCGGUCGUCAAACCCUAAACCAAAGGGAAGCGGCGGCUGCCUCUGGAUCCUCCAUUCUUAGCACGGCGGCUGAUGAUGAUGAUGAUGAGAAUGAAAAGUACGACAUGAGUUUCAUACAAAUGAUGAUUAUGGAUUCCGUUGAUGACUUCCAAGGGUUAUUGGGUUGAUGCCCUGCUGCAGUCCAGCUCAGCUUGAGAUUGCUUUAUAUAUAUAUGUUGAUGUUUUCGUGAUUUUUGGGGUUUCCUCUUCUGUUUUGGUUCAUUUUGUUGUGAGAAUUUCAACAACAACAAAAAAUAACGGUGGAGGAGGUAGUGUAAUGAGCACUCGAUGGAUCGUGUGCAUACAUGUAAGUGUAACACAGUGAUGUGGCUAGCUAGCUAUUGUUACUCCUUUUUGGUGAGGAGAAGGUAAUGAUUAUGUGUAGAGCGUUACGUACAUUAAUCGUUGAUACAUCUUUUUUCCUAUAUGAUCACAAGUUCCGCUAAGAUCCCACAUUUACAAAUUCAUUUGCAUUGGGCAUGCUUGCUUUCACGAAUUUGAUCUUCAGACUUCGGUUUGCAUUAUUAUGUCUUCCAAUUCAAUAAAGAACUUCCUUUGAA